ACGAGCUCUCUCCCCGCCCGUUGCUCGGCGGCUGGGCUGCUUCGUCCCGAUCCCCCGCGCAGUUAGGAGGUCGGGACGCACCCCGAGCCGCCGGCGGUGCCCCGCUGUAGGAUGGAAAGCGAGGGCGACAGCUGUUCGUGGGGAAGGAGCGAAGACCCUGUGGUCGUCCGCGAAAAACGUCUGUUUAAGUCCAGGUUGCCGGAGUGCCUCGUCCAGGUGGCGUGCGGACACCAGCACUGCGCCUUCCCGCUGAAUCGCAACGAGCUGUGCGUCUGGAAUACAGCUGGCAGCCCUGCUGCACAGCCAUUAUGUUUGUCAGGACAUCAGCAUGCAAUUUCUGCACUGUCUUUUGGAAGUAAAAUCAAUCCACUUCUAGUCUGCUCAGCUUCCCAUGAGCGUGUGAUAGUGUGGAAUCUUGAUGAAUGCACAACGAAACUGCGAGACGGGUUAACACCUCAAGGAAUUAUUAUUGGAACUCUUCUGAGAUUGGUUCUUCAUGUAAGAUUUAGUCCAGAUGAUCAACAAGUGGCGGUAUGUGCUGGAAAUCGAAUCUACAUGUUAAGUGCAAAGAAUGAAGCUAUACUAGUUAAAUUGAAUGGCCACCUGGCUCCAGUGACUGCUGCUGAGUUUUGCACGUGGGAGAAAAAUAUGCUUGUAUCGGUGUCUGAAGACAGAAGCUUCAAGGUAUGGAACUAUUCUACUGGACUGUUAAUGUAUCAGUCAGGGAUAUUAACAGCAUUUCCUUUGCUAAGUCUACUAAUUGAUGAAGAAAAGAGACAGAUCAUCACUGGAUGUGCUGAAGGACAGCUUUGGAUCUUCAGUUUAAGCAGUGAUCAUAGUUACCGCUGUGUGGCACAUACUGACUUAAAGAAAGAGCAAGAGAAAUUCUACAAUAAAAUCUGGAAAUCUGAAGAAGAAUUAGGUGGAAGGCAAAAUGCUUCUGAACUUUGCAAAACAAACAGCAUGAAACCAGAGGGGUCAGUGGAAGCAUCACUGCCUGUUCUCCUAAUUGAACACUGUGACUAUUCAGUAUGUUUCCACAGUGAAGAAAAUAUAUGCUGUGCCCAGAAUAGAAGCUAUUUUUGGAUAGGAACCUCUACUGGCUUAUUAUUAAUAAACUUAGCGAACUUAGAACUGGAAGCGUUUUUAUGUUACAAAGAUUACAGUGGCCUCAGCAUUCAAUUUGCUAGAUUGUGUUCAUUAAUGAAGAAAGCAGUUAAUGGAAAGGUUUUAUGCUUGAUCACUUCAAUGUUUGAAGACAUCAUCGCUGUGUUGGAAGUUAACCCUGCUUUGUUGGUGACAUCUCAGCAGAGUGGUAUUCUUAAAAGUGGAAAUGAAGGGAGUCUAUCAGUCAUUGCCAGGUGUCCUCUGUUGCCAACAUCUCCAUUGUGUAAAAAUUUAAAUAAAAAUAAAAAACGUCCAAGUAAAACACAUGGAGUGAAAAGCACCGUGAAAGAUCAACCACUGGUUUUUCAUAAUAAAAUUAAGUCAUCGGGUUAUACAGCUGCACCACAAAUGGCCAUGUUUUCUCCAAAUACUAAACUGAAGAAAAAUAAUGUAUCAAAGUGCAAGACCAGUUUUAAAGGGAAAAAUAAAGAAUAUCCACUGGAAAGUUCUCCUCCAAUCAACCAUGAGGCAGAAACAUCCGUUAGUUUUCAACCAACUAGAAUUUGUUGUGUUCAGUAUUCUGGGGAUGGAAAUUACCUGGCCUGUGGGCUGGCUAACAAGACUGUACUGAUGUUCAACUCUGAUCUCACCAAUACACGGCAUGUUUUUGCAGGUCAUGAUGGUGCAGUUAACUCUGUUGGCUGGAGUCAUGACAAGAAGUGGAUAGUUUCUGCAUCAGAUGAUAGAACUGUAAGGGUCUGGUCAGUCUGCAAGAAUGAACCCGUUCUAAUUCUGGGAAAAGAGAUGUUCCAGCGGGCUGUAGGCUUUGCACAAUUUUAUUUUAUGGAUACAUUUAUAUUGCUGUGCUGUGGAGCUGAAUUUCAUCUAUUAAGUUUCCAUCUAGAUGCAGCAAAGGAUGACCUAAGACGAUACAAACAGAAAAGUAUUUGCAAAUUGGUACAGAAAUUUCCCAUGGCUUCAACAGUGGAGAUUACCAGCCUUUCAGCAGUGAAUGAUUUCUACUCGUAUAUUGUACUUACAGCUGGCAGCAACCGAGCAUUGGAAGUUUUUGAUCUCAAUGCAGGCCACAGCACAGCAGUGAUACCAGAAGCUCAUACUAGAGCAGUCCAUCAGAUCUGUCAAAACAAGGGAUCAGCAUUCAGCACUCAGAAGCCUGAAGCUUACAACCUUUUCAUGACCACAGCUGUAGGAGAUGGAAUCAAACUCUGGGAUUUAAGAACUCUCAAGUGUGAACGUCGAUUUGAAGGGCAUGGUAGCCACUCCUACCCUUGUGGAAUUGCAGUAUCUCCUUGUGGGAAGUUUAUAGCCAGUGGUUCAGGUGACAAGCUUACAUAUUUGAGAUGCAUUCGAGUACCUUUGCAUAUAAACUGGGAGGACACACGGAAUCUGUCACGAAUGUUGCUUUUAGUCCCUUUUUGCCACAGCUCGUCACUGCCACCUUGGAUGGUAAACUCCAGUUGUUUCUGCCCUGAGAUUUGCCAGCCUGUGGAGCAUUGGCCCUCUUGCUCUGAGAAAAGCGUUUUGCAGAGAGAAAGCAGACUGGUGACUGGCGUAUGCAAGCAGCUUAGUAUUCCCUUCAAAAGCAUAGAUUUCUUCUGAUUUUAUUUAAGCAAGUACCUCAAACUGUUCUCAGUUUUUCUGUUGUACGAUCUGUUGCCUUUAUUGCAAAAACUACUCAUUCCGACUUCUUGUCAGCAAAUCACCAGAGAAGUGGCUUUUAGAGGACUGCUUGAUCAUUUAUAGUUAAGAGUACACUGUAGAGCUCUGCUUAUCUGAGACCACUUCACUCCAGAUUGCAAAUGCAGUUAAAAUAGCAACUGUUCCUGUUUUAAAACUAUGUCUACCUGUACCCAAAUAUUUAAAUUAAUCUGAGAGGGAGAACUGCCUUUCUGAAAUACCACAAGAUUCUUUGUGUCAUGUACCUUUGAGUUACUGGAGAAAACAUAGAUAUUGUUUGAAAUUGUUAAAUUUUCUAAGACAGGAUCUUUAAAUUCCAUUAAACAGGAGUCCCAGUAACACCUUCUAGUCUUGGGCUAUUUUGAUCUCUGCAGAAGGAUCUCUUUUCUAAGUCUAUGGGAUUAUCUCUCCUUGCUUAAUGUGCAACUUGGCUUUCUGAGGCUUUCUGGUUACCUUCACGAAGGCCUGAUGCUGGACAGCAAAGUGCUUUGGGGUAUUUUGGCAGUGGUCACAGCAUCAUCAGCCCAUUCCGAAUAGAGUUUUUCAUCCAUCCAUUACUUGCAGAUGUGCAGCCCCAUGGUAAACCAA